CCCCAUGUUCUAUUUUCAUUCAAGUCUGCGGAGCCGGGGCCUGGCGCGGCCCUGGGGAUGCUCUAGGUGGCGGUCCCGCGGCGCCAUGGCCGGGAGUCUCUCCCCCGGGGCCCCCGGCGGCCCCCGCUCGCGCCUCGGCUUCCGAGCCAGCUGCAGGAUGGUGCUGGACUUGCUGCGGGACACCGAGGUCUCCCUGCCCUUCACCCCGGACCGGCCCCGCACCCCGGUCACCGACCUCGCUCGGGGCUUCAGGAACCUCAGCACCGUGGCUGGGGAUACGCCAAAGUGCUGUCUAGAUCUGUCGGAUCUCAGCAGUGGUGAGGAGAUGCCUGCCUUCAGUUUCACCCAUUCCCCAGACAUGGCUGUUGCAGGUCGGGUGGAUUCAUCAGGACCUCAGGAUGGACUAGAGGCACAGAGGCAGAAUGUAAAAUCUUUCCUGCCCCAGGUAUUCUGCAGCACACCAAGUUCCCCGGGCUCCAUGCAUCGAGAGGGCAACGAGAUAGACAACUCCCUGAACAAGGAAAACGAGGGCGGCUGGUUUAAGCGCCCAGGGUGGCAAAUGCCUAGGUCCCUGCUGUUUCGAAAGAGAGCGAUAGCUCAGCUGGAUGCAGGGGGCUUGGAGGAGUGUGAAGUGAAAGAUUUGGGCAGCCCAAUUGCUGCAGUGGCACCACAUCCACGCAGAAUGGCAAAGAAUUUGGAUAGCUUUGAAGAGCUCUUCCCCAAUGAACAAGAAGACAAGGAGAAACGAGUGGCUGGGAACCUGUCCUCCAGCAUGGCUAUCCUGCUCUCUGGACCCCUCCUCACACAGGACAUCAAUGUCAGUGAAGUCUCUAUCAACAGAAGUCGCCUGUACCGCUCACCGUCCAUGCCAGAGAAGUUGGACAGACCAGUGCUGAAGCGAAUAGUGAGAUGCCAGGACAAUGAAACUCCAGUCAAGGGGAAACUGAGACGUAGCCGUGUCUAUGAGGAGCUGGAGCAGGGCACAACUCUGAAGAAGACGGCCUCACUCUCAGACAUGGAAAUUGUCAAAGUUCUUGAUCAGGACUAUGGCUUCCGACAGCUCAUUGGGGACUUCUCUAAGGUGUAUGCGCUGCCGACAGUGACAGGAAGGCAACAGGAUCUGAGAUACAUCACCCCGGAGACUGUGGCUGCUCUUCUCUUUGGGCAAUUCCAAAGCUUGAUUGAGACAUUCUACAUCAUCGACUGUCGCUACCCCUAUGAGUAUCUGGGGGGGCACAUAAAGGGGGCUCUGAACUUUCACAGGCAGGAAGAUGUCUUUGAAUUCUUGCUGAAGAAGCCUCUGUUCCCAUCCACGCCACAGAAACGCAUUGUCCUUGUGUUCCACUGUGAAUUCUCCUCAGAACGGGGCCCCAAGAUGUGCCGCUAUCUGAGGGCAGAAGAUCGAGCCAUGAAUGAGUACCCUGCACUGCACUAUCCUGAGCUCUACGUCCUGAAGGGAGGCUACAAGGAGUUCUUCCCUGAGUACAUGGAGCUAUGUGAACCCCAGGACUACUGUCCAAUGCACCACCAGGACUACAAAGCAGAGUUGCUGAAAUUCCGUACCAAGAGCAAGUUGUGGGCUGGAGACCGGAGGAGACGCAACCAAAUCACGCGUCUCAUGAAGUUGUGAGGGCAGAGGCAGCAGCCUUGAGUGGGAACUGCUUGGAAGGGCUCUGCCUUGCACAGCAACAGUCUUUUUUUCUCUUGGAAGUGGGUCACUCAGUGACAGUCAGAGGCUGGAAAGUGGGAACCUGCCUUGUCCUGUGGAAACUGCAGCCACCUUCAGCCACUUCAGAUGCUAACAAAUGCUACAGGAAGGCUGGUUAAAAGGUCUUGAUUCUUGAUGCUACAUUUUGGAAAGACUGUGGCUGAGCAUGACCCGGGUGGACCUAGCAGUCUUUAAGGAAACUGGCGGGCUCCUUCACAUGGAAGGCACAGUGUGGGCCAGGUUCUAGGCUGCCUCUCAAUGUUGUGCCCAGCUAUUGCAGAGCAGGGUAUGUCACAGCCUGACCUUUGACUCCUUUUUCUAUCUCCUGCUUCUAGCAGGAACCUCCAUGUUUCUCUUCACUGUUACUCUAGGUUUUGCAUUUAAUUGUCUCUUUUUAGUGACAGAAUAAACAGAUACCAAAGUGCUUGAUUUCAACAGCUCUCCCUGUCCCUCCAGCCUGGUGACUCCCACCCAUUUGUGCCAUUAGGAUAUUGUGAAAUCAUCUUGUGGCAGAAGCCCGUGGGUGACUAAACAGAUGCCAAAUCCUGGCCUGUGAUUGGCUGAGAAGUCCUGUGAUGUCUAAGCCUCUAUAAGGUUAACACUUAUGUUAACCAAUCAGAUGACAUCUCUCCUGCAUCCUUAUUAGCACCUCAGUCAGUUAAGGAAUUGAUGAACAGCAGCUAUCAAAUCACAUAUGCAAAUCUUUGCUUCCUGCCUGGCUCACUAGGAUUUUGACUUCUACCAUUAUCUCCAUUUAGAAUGUUGGGGAAAAGACAAGUUUGAAAUGCCCACCCAUAAAGAGGGGGAGUUAACCAUUUAUAUGGAUAAGGAGAACAUCCCGUUAGGAGAAAUAUGAAUCCUGCUUCAAGGCACAUGCCAACUGCCAAAAUUAGGAAGAAACUUCCUGGGGGGCAGGUUAUUCCAAAAUUGUCCAUUAUGGGGUUUUUUGCACCUUCCUCUGAAGCUUAUAGCAGGGGCACUCUCUGGCAGGAGCCUGGGCUAGAUGGAGCCCUGGGCUAGAAAUCCUUAUGUCCCAGUUCUAUUUUGCAUGGACAUUGAGAAUGUAUAUAAUAAAACAGGCAGUCUUGUUCUUGAGGUAAACAAUGACCCAGGCAAAUAAAUACUGAUGCUAAUUGAAAGACAAAUAUUCUCCAUACAGUAGAGAAGUGGGUACUGCUUUACAGCCCAGUAAGAGAUGGCCCCAGCUCCAAAGAGCCUGCAGUGUAGACUAGAAAAGGCAUGAUAUAGAGGAGAUGGCAUUGGCCUGAGGGUGGGGACAGUGUGUGGUCUUGGACACAACCUGUGCUAUUUUUCUGUGUGUUAGAAUUUUGAAUUUACCUACUGUGAGAAAAUGUUAGUUUGUUUCCUAUUUACAUUGUCAGUAGCUUCUACUUCGUUCCUUCUGCUCCCAAAAAGCAAUAACUCUGGGGCCUACAAAGAGCAGGAAAGAUUGGGUGAGUUCACAUUUACUUCUUUCAAUCUAUCCAAGCCAAUCUGGGAGCAACAGAAAAUCCAAAGAUCUUCCUUCGGCUCUGAGGAAUGCAAGCUUUCUUUCUGCACAGCCUCUGUAACUAAGAUCAAUGAUAGGAAUAAAUUCUUGUAGUGUCCUGACUCUGAGCACAGCUCCAGCUCUGUGUUUGCUUGGCCGGAAGAGCUGUUUAGCCUGUCCCACGCUGUCUCACAAGGCCAGCUCCGUCUGGCCUUGUCUGUAACGCUUCCUGGGGUUCUGUAUAAGGAAGUUCAGGGGGAGCAGGCCUGGGGAAGAGCACAGAGCGGCUGCUAGGAGAAACAAUUCCACCAGAUGGCGCUGCUGCAAUUCAGUGAAGGUGAAGAGAUGGCGACGUCCCCAUUGUCAGCUGGACUCGAGGCAUAUCUGAUAUCUGGGAAGGGGGUGUCAACACCAGGACGUGUGCUCCAUGAAACAGUGCAGGGGGGAAGCACAGAGAAUGGGGGCAUC